AUGCAUGGACAAACGACAAUGAUGCAUGAAAUGCCAAUGCCAAUGCCUGAAGAUAGAUGUUCAAUGAAUAUGUUGUUCACCUGGGAUUGGCAUAAUGUUUGUAUCGUAUAUAAAUGGUGGCAUAUAAAAACGUUUCCAGGUUUUAUAAUUUCAUUAAUAGCAGUUACUUUAUUAGCAUCACUUUAUGAAUUAAUCAAAAAAUGGUUUAGUCAAUGGGAAAGAACUUCUACCGCUACAAUAUCAAGAUUCAAAUUACAAAGAGCUUUACUCUAUGGAUUUCAAGUUUAUUAUUCCUUUUUAUUAAUGUUAGUGUUUAUGACUUAUAAUGGUUGGUAUAUGAUUGCAGUUGCUGUUGGAGCUGCUAUUGGUAAUUAUCUUUGGGGUGGUAUGAAUGAAAGUUCAAGAAAUUUAGCUUGUCAUUAA